CUGAAGAUGAACCGUGUGAAGCUCAUCAACUCCUCGAUGCAAUACGUUGACCACUCAUCAAGUCGUCACAGAAGCGGCUCGGGAGAAAGAGUACAACAGUGUCGAUCGCGUUUCCAACAAGACUGAGUACCUGCCAGGGCCGGAUUCAAGCCUCUUCUUUCGGGUAGUGGUCCCCCUAUUUCUAAAAACAUCUUAUAUCCGCCCGCCGUGCGAUCCAUUUCGCUAUAGUUUUUUUGGUUGUUUGUUCACGUCUAUGUUUGCUAUGGAAUUACGCCCUCUGCCUAUGACCGACGGCGCACGGAAGACGCUCAUAGCAAUUUCCGCAUUAUGGGUUGUCUUUGCGGUUGUGGUGAUAUUGCGAGUUCUCGGUCGAUUUCGAGGAGUUGGUAUGGGCGCAGAUGAUGUGUUGUCUAUGGUAGCUCUGGUCUUGUCCGGUAGCACAAUCGGACUCAACGUUGCAGUCUUCAGCAAUGGCGUUGGCUAUAAUUUCGAUCCCGCUUCCGACAUGUUUUCCAAGUUGACAAAUAAUUUACCGUUCAUCAUGCAGAUCACCUUCGCCUUCACCCUGAUUUAUAUCUGGUGCCUUGCAGCCCUUAAGAUGAGUCAGCUCGCACUUUACAUGCGAGUGUUUUCAUUGCAGUUGCGCAACUGGGUAUAUGGCAUCGGGGCUAUAGUCCUCACCUGGGCUAUAUGUUUCAAUUUUGUCUUCAUCUUCCUGUGCGAUCCAAUACCGCAGCAGUGGACGAUGGAUCGCAUUGGAAAAUGCGUGGACCAGAUCCUGGUGCUCAAGUGCCUCAUCAUCACGAAUCUCGUCACUGAUCUUAUGAUCUUCCUCUUACCUAUUCGUGCUGUUUGGCAGUUGCAGAUGCGCAAGACGGAGAAGUUCGCUGUUCUGGCUUGCUUUGGACUUGGCCUUGCGUGCUGCGUCAUUUCCCUCGCUAGAUUCAUCCAGAUAUACACAAUCGAUCUCAUUGGAAACCUAACCGGUACAUCGCUUACGACAUUCAUGCUCUGUACUGUGGAGCUCAUGUUAGCUGGUCUUUGCAUCAACAUUCCUCUGCUCCGUCCAUUCUACAAGCGCUGGAGAGCAAAGUACAAGUCCUCUUCUGAUGGUUCUGGAGGACACGAGUCUGGAAAAGUGUCGUUGAGGAAAGGGCACUUGGUGCCCCCGCAGGCUAGACAAGACAACUACAUGGCCUGGAUCGAAUUGGACGACAAAGAACGCACGAUGAUUACACAACAUGACGCAGGCUCUGAAACCAAGCUCACCUCUGAAGCACCCGACGUUGCGAUUCACGUAUCUAGAGAUUGGGCGAUCACUCGUGUUUGA